AUGCUCUCUGGAGUAGCAUUGAAAAGCGAGGCCCUAACACGUGGAUGGAAGCAUGGCUUUCAUGCGCCUGAGAGCCUCCCUCCCCGCAGGUGUCUGUGCACGAAGCCCAUCCAGGUGUGGUGCGACAUGGACACAGACGGAGGCGGAUGGACGGUGUUCUUCAAGCGAGAGAAGAACCUCAUCCAGGAGAGGUUCAACCGAUCCUGGAGCGAGUACAAAGACGGCUUCGGGAACCCCAGCUCCGAGUACUGGCUUGGCAACGAGCUGCUGCACACCAUGACCUCCAGCCGGGAGUACACCCUCCGCAUGGACCUCCAGCUGGCCACAGGCGACUUCAAGAGCGGAGUGUGGAAAAGAGUCCUUGUCGACGACGAAAUCGGGAAAUACAAGAUGACGUUAAGCAGCUACUCACCCGAGAGCAGCACCACUUCGAAUUGCAUGAGCCAGUCGCACGGCAAGUUCUUCUCCACCUACGACAGGGACCAUGACAGCUCGAGCAGCAACUGCGCGGUGAACAAGCAGGGCGGCUGGUGGCACUACUCCUGCACCAGCGGUAGCUACCUGUACCCGACGAGCCCUUAUCCGAGUGGCCUCGCGAGCACCUGCUACAACGGCCAGGGCGUGACGGCGAACUGGAUCCAGUUUAAGCUCCGGCCGGCUGUCUGCGGCACGUCCUUCAAGACGGUUUAUCUCAACUCGUACGCCUGCGACAGCUGCCACUAGGGCCUCGAUGUUGGGCGAACGAGGCUAUGAUGACGAUGAUGUGUUUGGAUACGAAGUGAAGACA